GGCGGCGGAGGGGGCCGGCGCCGCGGAGGCCGCCGCGAUGGGGGGCGGCGCCCGGUGCUGAGGGGCCUCCGCUGCCGGCGGGCUGCCAGUGUGGAAGAAAGAAUCCGUCUACAGCAUCCACUAAUAGUUCCUCGUCUAGUAUUUGGCUCUGCUAGAAGUGUAUCAUGCAGCAACCUCCACAGACUGUUUCGGCAGGAGCAGUAGCUCCUCCUCCUGCAGGCAUUGCUCGGAACAUGUACUGGCGAAACAGCUCACUCAGUAAACGAGCAAAUGCAGCAGCUGCCCCAGUGCAACCUGUAACAGACCCUUUUGCAUUUGGCAGACAAACGCCACAGGGUUCCCCCCUAGGUAAUCCAUCCAAGGGCAAUGCAUUGGCUGUGCAAAGUCCCUCCCCAGCGGUGUUUCCACAACCAGCUGUUAUGCAUCCUUCACAUGCAGGAGACAAUCCUCAUGGACUGCCUGUGUCUCUAUCAGCUCCUGUAUCUCAAGCAGGAAUAAAUACCAGUAUGUUUUCUAAUAUUCAAGCUUCUUCACCACCCCCAGGAUAUGUUAUAAAUAGUACUACAGAAAUGCAUCCAAAUGUAGAUCUUGGACUCCAUGGGCCUGCAGUAUCACUGCAUUAUAAUACAGGAGCAGCACUUGAGAAUUCUUUCAGUGGGCAUUCUGGAAUGGGGUCUACAUCAAGCAAACCUGGAGGUAGGCAAGAUAUUAAUAGAGAACCAACUGAUGUUCCUCCAGGAUCCACUGCAACAGCACUCUUCCCUCCACCUCCUCAGCAGCCCAUGUCUCAGUGGAGACCUGCUCAAGGGAACCUGCAGUCUCCAGUUCAAAAUUUUGUGCCCUAUCCUGAGCCAUCUUCUCAAAUUGACGUUCAUAACACUUCUCAGUCUUCUGUUAGCACUUCUCAUCCUUCUCCACAGACAAAUUUGCAGCAGGGUCCUGCGCACCAAGCUGUUCCACAAAAUAUCAUGCAAGCACCUUCGUUAGUUGGUUGCGAAAAAAAUGGGAAAAACAACUCUGCAAGUAGCAGUUAUCACAUGAACAGCAUUCAGCCUGGAAAUGUGUUUAGACAGAGCACGGAAAUGAGUAACUCUUGGUUAAAUCAAUCCUACCAAGAGCAGUUUUACCCACAGCCACCACUGCAAGACACCAGUUUUGUUAUUCCCACAGCUCAGGAAAAGAACCCCCCAAAGCAGUCUCCAGAUAUGUCUGAAGCAUCAAAUAGACCUACCCUCACAGAUCGAGAUUCAGGAACUCUCUCUAUGUUUUUCAAAGGGGAUGAAGCAGAGAAUGAGGAAAUACUUUCAUCUGAAAAAAGUUACAUGGUUGAGAAAACAGAGUUUGCUUGUCAGCCAAAUUCAGGACCAUUGUAUCACCAGCCAGCGCAUCCCCAGCGGGUUGCAGCUAGCGUCCUCUCUCAGGUGCAGACUGGUACAGGCUCAGCCAAUGAGAUGGUACAGAAAGGAAUGGAUGUCCAGUAUUUUCCUAAAGCUAUAAACAGUCAACAGGAUAUACUGACUAGUAAGCAUUCUAUGUUUGUUAGUGAUGACAAAAUACAUGCUAGUGACACAUCUGGGAACAGUGGGACGCAAUAUGAAAACGUUGAGAACCUGGAGUGCAUUCAGAAUCAGGAAGUGCUGCCAAGUGAACCACAGAACAUGAAUGUUUCAUCCCCAGCUGCCGGUUCUGAUCUGUACAGAUACGGAUCCUUACCAGGUCAGAUGCUUCCAAAGAACACUGUUGUGAGCCAUGCUGAAGGAGGACCAAAUUUGGAGGCACCUGAUUCAUUACCUCAUCCUGUCCGACCAGAUAGCGUAUCUUCAAACUAUAGCAACAUUAGCCAUAGGAGUGCUUCUAGCUCAACAAGACCUCAAGAGCAAGUUGGUACGUUCAUUCAGCAAGAAAGUGGGAAGCCUGAUGAAGAAUCUUCUGCGAGCUUCUUUAAACAGAUUGACUCCUCUCCUUUGGGAGGUGAUUCAAGUGAGCUAAACAGGAACAAGAACUACCAUGGUAAUCUCUCCCAGCCUCCAACUCCAAGUCCUCCUAAGCCUACAGGAGUAUUUCAGACAAGUGUAAAUAGCUCUUUUGAACCGGUGAGGUCCCAUGGAGUUGGGAUAAAACCUGCAGAGAUCGACCAAGCAAAGAUGGUGGUAGAACUGAGAGAGAACCACCCAAACCAAAAGAAUACCAAGAAAAAUGCAGCUAUGCCAGCUGCCUCCCCAGGUAAUCUUGAACAGCCACCAGAUAAUUUGGAAACCAUUUUCAUGCCUAAGGUACACCCACUGCCUCAUGCAGUUUCCACUGUUGAAGCUGGAAAUAUGUUGCACUCUGGAUCUGGUACAGAAAACAUACAAUCAGUGUCUGAGAAAAGGUCCUCAACAAGAGCUCAGGGAGCAGUUAAGAAGUGUGACAGCCCAGCGACAACUUUGUGGGCUCAUAACGAGUUACCUAAUUUUGGGGGAAAUGUUCUUCUAGCUCCUGCUGCUCCUGCAGUGUAUGUACCUGCCAAACAAACAAUAGAAGUCAUUCAACCACCAGAAGAAGGCCUGUCUAAUCAGCAGCCAAACAAACCAGGAACUAUUGCAGUGCAGCUUUCCCAGGACGGAAAUAUAUCUUCUGAAAAUCUUGAGAAUCCUCCCAAAAUGGGAGAAGAGGAGGCACUUCAGUCUCAGGCAAGUUCUGGUUAUGCAAGUUUAUUGUCUUCUCCACCUACAGAGUCUUUGCAAAAUCAGCCUGUCCUGAUUGCUCAGCCUAAUCAAAGCUAUAACUUAGCUCAGCCAAUUAAUUUUUCUAUUUCUUUAUCUAAUCAGCUAAGCAGAAAUGAAAACAAUCGGCCAAUGAAGGAUUCUGGGGUUGGGGACAAGCCUGCAAUAUGUCCCCAAACUUCACAUGCUGGUGGGAUCAUCUCUGGGGAAAAUGUGCCAUUACCUGUGAUGCAAGUUGGAUCUCUGUUAGUUAAUGCACUUCCAAAUACUAAUCUGUUAAACCAUAAUUUAUUGCAAAGCCCUGUUAAUUCCUCUGAUAUUGCCUCUAAUCAGCCUGCAAACUUGCUGAUGCAAACUCCGCUUAAUUUGGCUCCAAGUGGUCAAACGAAUGUUAAUUCAGAAGGUUUUGUUCCUGAAUUUACUAGCAAAUCAGGGCCUAACUCAUCUGUUUCUCCAGGGACAAAUCUCCCCAGUGGAAGUGCAAGUGCACUAGUCCCAACUGUUAAUUCUGUAGUGCAGGCUAAUAAUUCCACAAAUAAUUCAAAUAGCGAAGAAGAAGUUGCUGGAGUGCUUGACUUCACAGUAUCACGGACAUUGGAGAAAAGCAGUGCAAGUAAUUCUGUACAGCUGCAUGAUCAGUCGCUUUCUGGUGGUCCAGUAUAUCCUCAAAAGCCAGUUGGCAGUGCUGGUCAGGUGGGUCCCCAAAUGCAUGACAAACGACGUUUUUAUCAACAGGUAACGAAAGAUAUACAAUAUCAGGCUGUAUCAGACAGAGCUAUACAGGGAGCAAUGCCAUCUCAAGCACAAAUGCAAGCAACUCAGAUGCAGCAACCAACAUCAUCUGGGCAUUCCUCAGCUCCUCCAAGCUACCAGAUGGCUGCAGGGACUAAAGCCAUGCAGGAAUCACAGCAGCAUGAGAACCAGGUGCUGGUUAACCAUUCUCAUCCUUUGAGUCCCAAAGAGGGAAGUUCAGCUCAGCUCACAACAGGGAGUGAUCAGAUGAGCCCUUAUAAGCAACCAGUACCUGGACAGUCAUCAGGUGCUCAGACUUCCACAGCUGCUCCUACCACCAGUCAUUCAGUCAUGUCAAGCGUGCAACAAGAUCUGCAGCGUCCACCACUGCCUCAGACUCCUCAGGAUGCCUUUGGUCCACCACAAAAUCCUUAUUACUACUAUAGACAUCCUUAUGAUGCUUACCAGCCUCCGUAUCCACCACCUUAUCCUCCUGCAGACCCCAGAACAGCAGCUCAUCUUUAUUACCUGGAGGAUAGCUAUGGACAGUAUGACCCACGGUACAGGCACUAUGAUAGCAAUAGUGCUGCGUAUACAGAGCCUGGGAGCUAUCGGUAUCCUGAGCCUGAACGUCCUAGUUCCAGAGCCAGUCAUUGCUCUGACAGACCAUCUUCUAGGCAGGGAUAUGCUGAAGAUUACUAUACAAAAGGUGGAUGGAGUGAUUAUUAUUCAGGUUACUACUCAAACUCGUAUGAUUAUGGAGAUCCAAGUCGUUGGGAACGCUAUUCUUCAGCGUAUGACCCCAGAUACAGAGAUCCUAGAAAUUAUGAUCAGAGGUAUUGGUAUGAUGCUGAACAUAACCCUUACCAAAAGAGAGAAGCAUAUUCAUACGGUAACAGACAUGACCGCUAUGAAGAUCACUGGCGGUAUGAUCCUCGUUUUGCUGGAAGUUUUGAUGAUGAAGCUGAACCUCACAGAGAUCCAUAUGGUGAUGAAUUUGACAGACGCAGUGUCCACAGUGAGCAUUCUGCUCAUAGCCUCCGUAGCUCCCGUAGUGUUCAUAGCCACCAGAGCAGUUUUAGCUCUCAUUCUCAACAAAGCCAGCUGUAUAGAAGUAACCAUGAUCUAACGGCUAAUGCAUAUGAAACUACUGUGCAGGCAGUGUCACUCCACACAGAUUAUCCAUAUGGCGGAUAUGCUGCUAACUUUGAUGGCCAACAGCCUUUUGCAGAUUAUGGCUACCCACCUGAAACUGGAUGGUCAUCUGUAGAACAAGUACCUUUAAGACCCUCAACACCUGAGAAGUUUUCAGUGCCUCACAUCUGUGCUAGGUUUGGUCCUGGAGGGUACUUAAUAAAAGUGUUGCCAAACCUGCCUUCAGAGGGACAACCAGCUCUAGUUGAAGUACACAGUAUGGAGACUAUGUUGCAACAUUCUCCCGAGCAAGAAGAGAUGAGAGCAUUUCCUGGUCCUCUUGCUAAGGAUGACACCCAUAAAGUGGAUGUUAUUAAUUUUGCACAAAAUAAAGCUACACAGUGCUUUCAGAAUGAAAAUCUAAUUGAUAAAGAAUCUGCAAGUCUGCUUUGGGACUUUAUUGUACUGUUGUGCAGGCAGAACGGGACUGUAGUGGGAACAGAUCUUGCUGAACUUUUGCUACGAGAUCAUAAAACAGUGUGGCUUCCUGGGAAAUCGCCUAAUGAAGCAAAUUUGAUUGAUUUCACUAAUGAGGCUUUGGAACAAGUCGAAGAGGAAUCUGGUGAAGCCCAGCUCUCAUUUCUCACAGACAGUCUUAUAACCACAAUUGACAGUCUUGAGAAAGAGACGGAGAGAUUCAGAGAAUUGCUGCUUUAUGGCCGUAAGAAGGAUGCUUUGGAGUCAGCCAUGAAGCAUGGUUUAUGGGGUCAUGCUCUGCUACUUGCCAGUAAAAUGGACAGCAGAACGCAUGCAAGAGUUAUGACCAGAUUUGCCAACAGUCUCCCAAUUAAUGAUCCUCUGCAAACUGUUUACCAACUCAUGUCUGGGAGGAUGCCAGCUGCAUCCACGUGCUGUGGCGAUGAGAAAUGGGGAGAUUGGAGGCCGCAUCUAGCAAUGGUGUUAUCCAACUUGACCAAUAACAUGGACUUGGAAUCCAGGACCAUUGCUACCAUGGGAGACACUCUUGCUUCUAAAGGCCUUCUGGAUGCUGCUCACUUUUGUUACCUUAUGGCCCAGGUUGGAUUUGGAGUUUAUACAAGGAAAACAACAAAGCUUGUCUUAAUUGGAUCAAAUCAUAGCUUGCCUUUUUUUAAGUUUGCCACCAAUGAAGCCAUUCAAAGAACAGAAGCCUAUGAAUAUGCUCAGUCACUAGGAGCUCAACCUGAUUGCUUACCCAAUUUCCAGGUUUUCAAAUUCAUCUAUGCUUGCCGCCUAGCUGAAAUGGGACUUGCUGCUCAGGCUUUCCAUUAUUGUGAAGUAAUUUCAAGAACUAUCCUUAAAGAUCCACAUUACUAUUCACCUGUACUUAUUGGCCAGCUAAUCCAGAUGUCAUCGCAACUACGCCUAUUUGACCCACAGAUAAAAGAGAAACCAGAACAAGAAUCCUUCAUAGAACCUUCAUGGUUAGUAAGGCUUCGACACGUGGAUGGACAGAUCAAGGAGGGUGCAAUAGCUUAUAAUGCAGACAGAUCUACCCCACAACAGUAUGCGUGUAGCACACCAAGCUCUGAAUUAGACCAUGCCAGUCAGUGUGAUGGAGCAGGAGUCGGCCAUGACAUGGGUCCUGGUACUGAAAAUGCAUUGUUAGCAUCCUUAUUGCCCAGUAUGGCACAACAGAUGCAAAGUGUGCAGCUGAUGCCUUCAGCACCCCAAGCUAUACUUGAUGGGUCGGCUGCUGUGAUUCCUCCUGCUGACCAGGAAGCUGUUCGAAGUGUCCCUUUCUAUUCAGUGGGUCCUCCACCUGUUGGUCCAGGACCUGGCUUUGCACCUCCUGGAUUUCCAAAUCAAUAUGGAGCUGAACCAUCACCACUCUAUUUAGGGUCGACAGCUCCACCAGGAGGGCCACCACAAGAAACCGAACCACGGUCAGAAGAGCCUGCAAACCAGGAAACAGGAAUGCAGAGAAUUGCCCCGGAGUCUCCAUCACGAAAUGCUUUCCCAGAUCAAAGAGAGGAGGAUUUCUAUGGCAGAAUGGCUAGCAUGGCCGGUGGGCGAAGAUCUAGGACUACUUCAGAGUCCUCUGUCCAUUCUGUGGGACGAGAGAGAUCCAACUCUGCAGCAAAACAGCCCUCUCCUCCUCCAUCCAUUCCUGAAAGGAAAGAGACUAAGAAAGAAAUAAAGAAUGAGCCAGCACCUAGAAAGAGUGGUGCAAACUGGUUUCGCUGGCUAAUGGGAAAAGGAAAGAAUGAAGCUUACCUUCCAGAUGACAAGAACAAAUCAAUUGUUUGGGAUGAAAAGAAACAACGCUGGGUUAAUUUGGAUGAACCAGAAGAGGAGAGUAAACCUCCACCACCACCUCCAGCAGGAUUUCCUAAAGUUCCUCAGACUGCUCCACCUGGGCCUGGCGGCCCACCUAGUGCUCCUGUCAACAUGUUCUCCAGAAGAGCAGCGGGAAGCAGAGCUCGUUAUGUUGAUGUCCUGAAUCCAAGCGGAACAAAGUCAAGUGCUGCUGUGCCUGCCCCAUCAGACCUAUUUGCUCCAUUGGCACCAAUGCCAAUCCCUGCAAACCUCUUUGUACCAACCACAGUCCCAGGGGAACCCCAGCCUCCGGAAGGCAGUGGAGCAGCAGAGCAUACAUCAGCUGCAAAUCAAACCAGCACAGAUCCUGCUGCAGCUGCUGAUCCAGAGUAUUUAAACCCUACAAUCCUUCCACCUGGAUCUGGGCUUCCUGUUUCCAACCCUGAUGGCUCCCAGUCAGGCGAGCUUUCGCGCUCUAGUUCAAUGAGUUCAUUAUCACGUGAAGUAAGCCAGCAUUUUAAUCAGCCUCCCACUGUACCACCUUCAGGGGGACCUUCAGCAGGAACAGUACAGUUCUACAAUCCUUCUCAAUUUGCACAAUCUCCUGCAGCCACUGGAAGUUCAAGGCUGGGAAGAAUUGGACAGAGAAAGUAUCCAACAUUGAAGUAGAAUACAAUGGCUUUGUAUUCAAAUUCACGCUCUUGUUCUGAUUAUACAAAGAACUCUUCAAUCUUAUGGCACAUGCAUCAGUACUAGCUUGCAGUUGACAUGCCAGUAAAUUAAUGAUGGGUGAUUUUUUUUCAUGAGUCUCGCUACUCACACCUCAUCUACACAAAUAAUUACCAAACAUGAAAUAUAUGUAACUUUUCCUUUUAAAAACUGGCUAGAAAUAGCUUUGUUGUGGUAAAGAAUAGACGUAAGGGAGGAAAUAGCUGCUGUCUGUUACAAAAACUGUAAAUUGCAUAGGCAAUUGAUUCCUUAAGUUUAUUUUAAACCUACUAGUGUGACUUUCAAAGACAUAGGUUUCAGGGAUUCUUUAAUUUCUGAAGGAUGCUCCCCUCCCAGUCGGGGACAUACAUGUCCACAUUGUAAUAUAACACUCUGUGGCCUUAAGAGGACCAUGCACAAUUUUAAUGCUUAUAAAAUAAGAUUUGGUUUGUCAACGUAUGAAGUUCAAGAUGUGCUAGUUUGUUUUUGGAAAGGGGGAGGGGGGAAGAGGGGGCCACAGCGCAUCCAAAUAAAUUGACCUAUAUUGAAUGAAAACUGUGACUGUAAUCUAGUACUAAUUUGAUUUGGAUCUUAUCUAGUAUGUAUGUAGUUUGUGGUUUAGAUUACUUGUAAAGCAAAUUGUAUAGUCUGAAAGAAGCUCUCUGUAUAAUAGCCAAUGCUGUACUAUUUGACGAGUGAGUGUUCUUUUAAGUGCAAUAUGGUUACUUGCUUUCUCUCAAACUGCUGGCACUACGUAAUUAAGGUGGUAACAGCUUGGAAGUUGUUUAAAUUUCUUCCUGUUAGGUGCCAGAAUCUGUUCGUAAUACUCUGUUCUUGGAUUUCCAUUACUAAAAUAACCAAGGUCUUAAAUAGCUAACAGCUGAAUUUUGAACAUGCUACAAGUAGGUGGAUUAGACCUCUACCAAUGGACUUUAAGAGCUUGAGGUUUAACGUAGGAAAUCUUGAAAACCAUGAUAUGCAACAUUCAUAUUCACUGAAGAAUCUGAAUCAUCCACAGAGAGAAAAUGAACUUUAAAUAUUUAUUAAAUCAUAGGCCAUCUUUUAUUUAGAAUUUGCCACCAAAACUAUUUGAUUUUACUUGAAUUUCUGCCCAUGAGUAUAAAUACCAUGAAUGUGGAAUUACCAGUGUUGGCCCCUGAUUGUUUGUCUUUUCCUGAGUAACGCCACAUUGGAGGUCUGGAUAGCCUUACAUUUGUUCUAAAAGGUUUAUAUGUAAUUGGGAGGGGAGGGGGAGAAAAUGCUGUGUGGGGGAAUUGGAAACCUGUGCAUAAUUGUCCAUGCGUGAUCCCAGACGUGGUCAGCAGCAGUCUGUAUGGGUUUUCUUUUGUACCUAAGACCUGGACAGACACUUGGCUUCCUCUGGCUGAGCUGUGCUGCUAUUUCUUUCUCCUUGCAGUAGAAACUGCCAAACAUCUGAUUUCAAGAAGGCUUCCUCUAAGCUGGGAGCGGCUAUCUUUCCUAAGUGUAAGAUUUGACACUGUAAAUUCUUAAAUAAAAUAUUUUGCGCUCUGGAGCACUUUCA